CCAAAUGGAUUUCCCGGCACUAGGCAGAUAUUUGAGGCUUCGAUAACCGUCGUCCGAAGCAAUUCACAGGGCAAAGUAGGUGCUACAGUGUUAGAUUGUUUGGGGGAAUUGCUUGCGAGAGCAUGGAUUAUCUGGGGAUUGAUGUGAGCUGUGCCGUGGGAUCUCUCCGCCAUGGCCACUUUCCAGACAAGGACUGCCUGCUACCUCUUAUUUCCAAGCUUCUCGGCUAUGCCAUCGUUGCCGCUUCCACUACUGUCAAACUUCCCCAGAUCUUAAAAAUUCUGAAUCAUAAAAGUGUGAGAGGCCUUAGCAUGAUAUCUUUUGAGCUGGAAGUUGUUGGCUAUACCAUAGCACUAGCUUACUGUCUUCACAAAGGGCUUCCUUUUUCAGCUUAUGGGGAGCUAUUGUUUCUUUUAAUCCAAGCUUUAGUUUUGGUUGCUAUAAUCUACUACUUUUCUCAACCAUUGGGUGCCAAAACAUGGAUCCGGGCGUUACUAUAUUGUGCUGUAGCGCCCACUAUCUUGGCUGGUCAAAUCAAUCCUCUUCUCUUUGAAGCUCUCUAUGCAUCCCAGCAUGCAGUUUUCCUCUUUGCCAGGAUCCCGCAAAUAUGGAAAAACUUUUCUAGCAAAAGCACUGGGGAACUCAGUUUCUUAACAUCAUUCAUGAACUUUGGAGGCUCAAUGGUCAGAGUCUUUACCAGCAUACAGGAAAAUGCGCCAACUAGUGUCAUACUGGGCUCUGUACUUGGUGUUGCAACAAAUUUUACUAUCUUGAGUCAGAUAGUUAUAUACCAGAAACCUCGGGCUGGGAAGGAGAAGAAGACCAAAUAGAAUUCUAUGUCAUUUUAUGCUGAGUUCUCAACUUUCAACGUCUAAUAGGCAGGCAGGCUGUGUUUGGUUUCAAGGAGACUAUUUUCGAUUCUAUUGUAUUGAUUGUACAAUAUUGGUUAUCAGGCAGUAACUUAAAGGAAUGAUUCAGGUUGUUAUAGUUUUCUUCCUCAUCAUAAUCGAUAAUAUUGGUUUCAGUUAUUGUAUUUAUUUUAUAAUAAAAUGACUUGC